CAAAAGCGUUUUUAAAAGACGGAGCGCCGGUCUGCAAUGCAUUCUCUAUGGCAGGACGCGCAAGCAGCGCGCCUUUUAAAAAGCCGCCCGGAGCGUUUAAACGCUCCACGCGCCUCGCGCUUUUAGACGCGCGCCCCCGUUGAAAAAAGUUGAACUUUUGAAGAAAAGCGCUUCACGUCAUCGGCGCUUUUUUUGAACGACCAAUCAAAAUCGAGGAUGAGGCAAGGCUAAAAGUAUAAACGGAACUCAAACUGAAACAAACUGAAACAUGUCGGACGAAAGCUUGAUAACAGCUGUGAGCGAGUGUCCGGUCCUGUACGACCUCACGUUGAAGGCCUACCACGACCUAACAAAACGCAACCAGGCCUGGCGAGACAUUUCAUCUAUGCUGGGCGUUACAGCUGAAGUGUCCCGCAAGAAAUGGCAGUACUUGCGGGAUAAAUAUUUGAGGGAGAGGAAGGCAGAGAGGGACAGGAAGAAAAGUGGGGCCGGUGCCACCUCUUUCAAGAGGUGGAAGUAUAUGGCGAUCAUGGGCUUCCUGGAGCGCCAUGUGAAGGAGAGGGUAUCGUCUAGUAAUAUGGAGCAGGGAGAUUAUAGCCGGCAGGAAAUAGCACCGGAGAUCUUGGCCCUGCUAGCGCCCAGUAUGUCUCCCCAACGAGAGGUAGGCCUAUAACAAAAGCUAUAGUAGCCUAAAAUAUAUGCUAAAAACAUACCCUAACAUACUAGUGUUCUUAAGGUUUUUGUUGGGUGAAGCCAGCUGCAGAGAUAUUUAUAAGUAUUCACCAUUUUAAUUUGCACAUUUUAAACAAACAAAUGUAUGCUUUCUUUCACAGGUGGUGGCUCAAAGUGAAGAGGAGAUAUCUCCUCCCUCUCCAGCCUAUCAGAGUCCGCUGUGGACACCUCUCCUCCAUCUCCUCCCACUACCUCUACGGUCACACCGCUGCGUCCUGUACCUCCACCACCACGCAGGAGACAGCUGGAGCAGCCGCUGUCUGUGUUCCAGCAAUCAAUCCUGUCCUCCAUCCAGAAAGAAAAGGAGAAUACAAUGGCUGUGGACGAGGAUGAGCAUUUUAUGCUCAGCCUCGUCCCAUCAUUGAGGAGGCUGUCGAACCAAAAAAGGGCCCAGGCGCGCAUGAGGAUGCAGCAGGUCCUUUAUGAUGUGGAGUUUGGAGAGUAAUUAAUUUGUAAUCAUUUUCUAUUUAGAUUUAGUUUUAAGAUUUAAGAUUUUUUUAAAUGUGUAAAUAAAAUUUGUAAUCAGUUUCUAUUUAGAUUUAGUACAAGCUAUAAGAAAUGUUUCAAAUGUGUACAUAAUAUCUUGGAAUCAUUUUCUAUUUAGAUUUAGUACAAGCUAUAAGAAAUGUUUCAAAUGUGUACAUAAUA